AAAGAGAGAGAAAAGGUUGCUUUGUUGUCGCGGUUCCCCAAACCCUGAGAAAGUCUCGAGAGUGAAGAAAGGAACUGCUGCUGGUCAUCUCCUCUCGAAGAUCUCCCUCUCUAAUCUCAUAUUACAUAGCUUUUGGAUCGGAGGAGAUCAAGAGAGCAGCAAGAUCAAAAUCGAGAUCGUGAGAGGAAGAUGGGGAGGCUCUUUCUCGUGAAUCUGGAGGGCAAGAUGUAUAGCUGCAAGCACUGCUCCACCCAUCUCGCUCUACCUGAAGACAUCAUUUCUAGGUCCUUCCAUUGCAAGCAUGGGAAGGCUUAUCUCUUCAAUAAGGUCGUGAACGUGACAGUUGGAGCAAAAGAGGACAGGAUGAUGAUGACCGGGUUGCACACUGUUGUUGACAUAUUCUGUGUUGGGUGUGGAUCCAUUCUUGGAUGGAAAUAUGAGGCUGCUCAUGAGAAGAACCAGAAAUACAAGGAAGGAAAAUUCAUUCUCGAGAGGUUUAAGGUGGCUGGUCCAAAUGGGAACUAUUACUGGACGAGCACUGAUGCUCAUGUGGCUGGAAGUGAUCCUGAUGAUGCUUAAUUUCAUUUAGGAUGUUGCAUAGUUGUACAUUCUCUUUUCUGUUUGUUGGCUGCGCUUUGACUGUCAGAAAUACUCUGUGACCAAUUGCUCAGCACAUAAUUGGCAGAGACAUUGACUAGGUUAAAUAAAGCGCUAUCAUGCUUUCUUCAUCAA